GCUGUUCUCAAUUUUGAUCUAAUCGAUAUCGAGACACAAUUAUCACAUAUUAAGUGAAUUUAUAAUCCCGUUUAGUUAACUAUUGUGGCGCGGCGACUUUGACGCACUAAUCCCAGGGUAUUUAAAUCCAAAUUAAAGUUAUUUUAUAUUUAUAGAUAUACCCGCAAAUGGACUAUAUUUUCUAGGCUAUGAGCUGUUAACAAACGAGUAUAAGCGACGCUAUAACCGACCCAAUGUAGACCUAAUACCGGCAAUUGUCGCGGGCGGAUUGGCGGGUACAUUCUAUUGGAUUGGUGGCAUGCCAGCCGAUGUCCUAAAGAGUCGACUGCAAUCUGCACCUGAGGGCAAAUUCAAUGGAAUUAGAGCUGUAUUGGCGGAUCUAUUGAAGAAUGAUGGAAUCACCGCCCUAUAUCGUGGCUUUACACCUGUCAUACUGCGGGCCUUCCCCGCCAAUGCCGCGACCUUCUUCGGCAUCGAGUUGGCAAAUGCAUUCUUUCGUAUAGUUGCUCCCAAUUUUUAAAAAAUUUUAAUUAAUAUAUGAAAUUUACAAAACAAUA